AUGCACCGCGCUCUUACAUCCCGCGCCAGAGCGUCCAUCGCUUCCUCCGCCGCUACGAAGUCCCGCCCCGGUGCCGGCCUGGGCCAACAGCUUCGCUUUGCCCACAAGGAGCUGAAGUUCGGCGUCGAGGGCCGCGCUUCUCUGCUGGCUGGUGUUGAGACUCUGGCCAAGGCCGUUGCCACGACACUUGGUCCCAAGGGCCGUAACGUUCUCAUUGAGUCCAGCUAUGGCUCCCCCAAGAUCACAAAGGACGGUGUAACUGUCGCCAAGGCCAUCACCUUGAAGGACAAGUUCGAGAACCUCGGUGCCAGACUCCUCCAGGAUGUUGCCUCCAAGACCAACGAGACCGCCGGUGACGGUACCACGACCGCCACUGUCCUCGCCCGCGCCAUCUUCUCUGAGACCGUCAAGAACGUCGCCGCUGGCUGCAACCCCAUGGACCUGCGCCGUGGUAUCCAGGCCGCCGUCGAUGCCGUCGUCGAGUACCUCCAGAAGAACAAGAGGGAUAUCACCACCAGCGAGGAGAUUGCUCAGGUCGCCACUAUCUCUGCCAACGGUGACGAGGCUCUCGGCCGCAUGAUCGCCAACGCCAUGGAGAAGGUCGGCAAGGAGGGUGUCAUCACCGUCAAGGAGGGUAAGACUCUGGUUGAUGAGCUCGAGGUCACCGAGGGUAUGCGCUUCGACCGUGGUUUCGUCUCCCCCUACUUCAUCACCGACGCCAAGUCCCAGAAGGUCGAGUUCGAGAAGCCCCUGAUCCUCCUCUCCGAGAAGAAGAUCUCCGCCGUCCAGGACAUCAUCCCCGCUCUUGAGGCCUCCACCCAGAUGCGCCGCCCUCUCGUCAUCAUUGCUGAGGACAUCGAUGGAGAGGCUCUCGCCGUCUGCAUUCUCAACAAGCUCCGCGGCCAGCUCCAAGUCGCCGCUGUCAAGGCCCCCGGCUUCGGUGACAACCGCAAGUCCAUCCUCGGUGACUUGGCUGUCCUGACCAACGGUACCGUCUUCACCGAUGAGCUCGACAUCAAGCUCGAGAAGGCUACCCCCGACAUGCUCGGCUCCACUGGCUCCAUCACCAUCACCAAGGAGGACACCAUCUUCCUGAACGGUGAGGGUGGCAAGGACUCCAUUGCUCAGCGCUGCGAGCAGAUCCGUGGUGUCAUGAACGACCCCACCACCUCUGAGUACGAGAAGGAGAAGCUCCAGGAGCGUCUGGCCAAGCUCUCUGGUGGUGUCGCCGUCAUCAAGGUCGGUGGCUCCUCCGAGGUCGAGGUCGGCGAGAAGAAGGACCGCUUCGUCGAUGCCCUGAACGCUACCCGCGCCGCCGUUGAGGAGGGUAUCCUGCCUGGUGGUGGUACCGCCCUCAUCAAGGCCUCUGCUCUGGCCCUGAAGGACGUCAAGACCGCCAACUUCGACCAGCAGCUCGGUGUCAGCAUCGUCAAGAACGCCAUCACCCGUCCUGCCCGCAGCAUCGUCGAAAACGCCGGUCUUGAGGGCUCUGUUAUCGUUGGUAAGCUCACCGACGAGUACGCCAACGAGUUCAACAAGGGCUUCGACAGCGCCAAGGGCGAGUACGUCGACAUGAUUGCUGCCGGUAUCCUCGACCCCUUCAAGGUCGUCCGCACCGGUCUCGUUGACGCCAGCGGUGUUGCCUCUCUGCUCGGCACCACCGAGGUCGCCAUCGUUGAGGCUCCCGAGGAGAAGGGCCCUGCCGCCGGUGGCAUGGGCGGUAUGGGAGGUAUGGGCGGCAUGGGCGGCAUGGGUGGAAUGAUGUAA